AUGCCAACCCAGACACCGCACGACAAGUCUUGGGAAGGUAUGCCCUUGCAUCGUCUCAUGCAGUUCCGGUCACUCUCGGAAGCCCCUGAGUUCAGCGUCUAUCUGAUCAACAAGAGAAACGUCCGCAGUCUGGUCAACAAACUCCAGCAUGAGUUGCCCAAGACUCUCUCUCCUGUUAACGUCGACCUGGACAAAGUUUAUGAGGGACGAGGCGGCGCAUGGGAUGCAUGGGGGUCGUACAGCCAUGAGCUGGUUGGUGUGCAGAAGCCAAAACUCUUAGAGAGUACGGGUGAUCUCAUUACAGUCGUGAUCUGA